CCUCCCAGACCUGCCGAUGGGAGCAGACUGCCCGGGCUGGCCCGGGACUAGCAGCACCGCUGUGCUGGGCAUGGCCGAAAGCACCUUUGCAGGGGCGGAAGGGAAGCGAAUGGAGACGUGCAGCCCCAGGCCAGCCUCUGCCCCGGCUGGCGGGAAGAUGAGAGGCAGCCCAGGCACCCCAAGGCUCCCCCCGGGCGGGAGGAGAGCAAGCCAGCGAGAGGUGGGCAGCAGCCAGGGAGCCAGCAACGCGCCCAGCCACAGCCACAGCGCGACGGGGCCCCUCCCAGCUGCAGGCAGGGGCCAGGCCAGCUGUGCUCUGCCCAGAGGGAGCGCGGGGAAGCUGUGUCCCGAGAACGCCGCCCGGGAGCGGAGCCGCGUGCGGACCCUGCGCCAGGCCUUCCUGGCGCUCCAGGCUGCGCUGCCCUCGGUCCCGCCGGACACCAAGCUCUCCAAGCUGGACGUGCUCGUCCUGGCCACCAGCUACAUCGCCCACCUGACCCACACCUUGCACCAGGGCCAGCCGCCCCCCGAGGCAGCCCCACUGGCGAGGGCGCCCAGCUUCCUGCACCCCAUGAAGAAAUGGCCCAUGCGGUCCCGUCUCUACGCUGGAGCCUGGGGCGCGGACGUUGCUGACAUGCCGGCAGCUGCCCCCGCAGUCCCCAGCAGCAGGAUGAGGAGGGCCUGUGAGGGGGGCAACCCGGGGGCCGGCGGGGCAGCCCUGUGACCCCUCCCAGCCUGCAGCCCCCUGCAUGGAGCCGAGCCCUGGACUGGCCCAGCCGGCUGCCUGCGCCCCACGGGACUCGCCUCGCCCCUGGCACCAGCAGCCAUGUGCACCGGGCCUGGCUGCCCCGGCUGGCACCGCCUCCUGCCACUGGCUCCAGCUCUCCUAGGGGUCUCUGCCGUCCCCGGGACAGCCCUGCCCGUGCCACGCCGCAGCGCCCCAUUGCCCGGCCUGGCCAGCGAGGGACCGCAGGCGAUGGACUCAUCCCCGCCCUGCAGGGCCAAGCCAGGCUCCAGGCCGAGAGGAAGAGGAGGGAAGAGAGGGGGGAGGAGGAAGCCUGGCUGGGCACAGGCCAGAGGGCAGGUGGGAGCCACAUCACAGCGUGCCCUGUCCAGCCCUUGCCGUGGUCCCUGACCCCACGCUGUGCGAUCUGGGUUUGAUGGGCAGCGCGGUCCAGUCCUGGCCAUCAGGACUCCUGGGUUCUGUUCUUGCUGACGCAGUCGGUAGCCUUGGCCAGGUCGCCAGAGCAUAUGGACAUGGGAUCCGAGCCGGGAGCCACCUCGCCCGCAGUCCCGGCUCUCAUGGUGGCCAGUGCCAGGCGCUGCAGGGGGGUCCCAGAACCCCGCAGUGGCAGCUGCAGCUAAUCCGCCCCGUGAAGGCCUCCCCGGUCUCUGAGCAGGAGCCGCUGGAGGCCUGAAGCUGGGGUUUCAUUCGCUGCCCCGAAGUGCCCUUAAGGCAGAGUUCAGGCUGAGCACUGACCCUGCCAUGUGCCCACCCCAGCCUGGGACCCGUCUCGGUGCCCUUGGGAGCCCGACCUUCGCCUGCCGUGCAGACGGGCGUCCGGGACACUCCCUGUGCCCGUGGCUUGGAGAGCCCUGGGGGGGCCCAAUGCUGCCCAGCGCCACGUGCCGGUCUCAAGCCAGUGCCCCGGGCACGGGGACCUUCGAGCCGUUUGGCUAUUAAAGUGAGUGCUGUAUGGGGGAGCCCCUUGGGCACCCCCCCCCCCGCGCCACUGACCCUGCUCCUGCCCGUGCUCAGUGAUUGCGGGGGGCCAAGCAGGACUGACAUCUGUCCCAUGCGGCCUGGGCUGCCGCUGUUAAUGCUGCCUAGUGUCUCUCAGCCCCUGCAGCGCCCCAUGAGCACAGCAAUUCUCCGGCCAAGCUGACUACACGGGGAUUUCCCAGCACUCGGACGAAUCGGCUCUUAAACCGUCACCAUCGUGCAGCACCCCUGCCUUCCAGCCAGUGACUGUUACUGAGACCGGCGCUGGGAGCCACGGGCAGCCCCUCUCUGAACUCCCCAGAUACUUGCCUCAACAACUUCCAGUGGCAGCGAGUUCCACAGGCUGAUUACGCAGCAUGGAACCAAUCUUUCCUUGUAUCAGCUCUGAAUUUCCCCCUUUGAACGUCCUUGACGGUCCCUUAGGCUUGGCCUCUGGGGCCGGGGGAGCAGAAUCUGCCUUCUCUGAGCGUCCUGGUUUUAGAGCCUUGUAGCACAUCCCUGCUCUGUCCCCCUGGAAGGCAACCAGCCCAGUUGUCUGUGCACAGCAGAGGUUUUCCAGCCCGUGUUGCCUUCUGCUGACCCCCCCAGUCUGCGCUCUCCUUGGCAGGGGAGGGCCCCGCACUGCACACGGGGGCUCUGGAUUAUUC